UUUUUUUUUCCUAUGAUUUAUCUUAUUUAACGAGUUUUGUCGCCCACUAUUGUCUGAUAAUAUCAUACAAGUGAACACCUUGAACAAAAUCUGGGUUGAUAUCGAGUUGUACAGACAACCAGGCUGCUCUGGAGUACGAGCAUUUGAAGAAAACAUGCACCCAAAACUCCAGCCUAAUUGCAAAGGAUACAAGUCUUAUCCUUGUCAGACUGUCAAUUCCCUCCGAGCGUCAUGGCAAAGCAGAUAUUACUAUUCUGAUCUCUCCUGAUACCGGUUGUUCUUUUUAUUAUUCUAGGAGUUCAUGGCAAAUGAGAUGAACUAAGACAACCGAUUUUCUUUUGAUUAUAAGGCUUUUCCGGUAUCAGUUUUGGUUGACGUAAGUUGCUUUCGACGUGUCGCAACAAAACGCACUGGAUCCGGAGUGGCCGGCCUCGUAACUCGUCAGCUUUGCCCAAGCUCGAAAACUCGGCCUGGCAACUGAUAGCGGUUGAGGAUUUUGGAUGGAGUCGGUUCGUGAAUUCGUUGGAAAGCCGCUGAGCGGGAAAACAUCUCGAAUGGCGAUUUGGCGGGACGUCGUCAUCGUGCUGAGAGUCACGGGGCCAAUUUCUGCGCAGGGAGGAAAAGCUCCAAAUCGUGGGCCCUCGCUAAGCUGGAAACUAAUGACAAAGAAAGAGUAUUUCAUAAAUGCAUUCUGGAAUAUCGGAUUUGGAUAUGUAAGAAAAGAUGUCUAUAAAUGACAAAGCAAUUGAUGCUGCUUUCGUGGGUGCAGGAGCAAAACUUGGAUUAGAAAUCUGGUGUAUAGAGGACCUUCAGUUGGCUCCAGUGCCAAAGUCUUCCCAUGGGAAAUUCUAUUCAGGAAACACAUACAUAAUUCUGAAUACCGUUUUGCUUAAAAAUGGCCUUCCUCAGCAUGAUAUACAUUACUGGUUGGGAAAGGAUGCGAAAGAGGCUGACAUGGCUAUGGCAUCAGACAAAGCGCUUGAGUUAGAUGCAUCCCUGGGGUCUUAUGCUGUGCAAUAUAGGGAAGCUCAAGGUCAAGAAACAGAAAAGUUCUUGUCAUAUUUUAAACCCUGUAUUAUACCCCUUAAUGGGGUUUUCUCAUCAGAGCUGGGACGUUCCAACAGUGAAACCUACCGGGUUAUCUUGUUAACAUGCAAGGGAGACCAUGUUGCUUAUGUGAAAGAGGUGCCUUUUUCUCGAUCCUCCUUGAAUCACAACGAUGUAUUUAUACUCGAUACUGCUUCAAAAAUAUUUCUAUUUAGUGGAUGCAACUCUAGCAUACAAGAACGAGCUAAAGCUUUGGAGGUUGUCCAGUAUAUCAAAGACAACAAGCAUGGUGGAAGUUGUGAAGUGGCAACCAUAGAGGAUGGCAAAUUUGUUGGUGAUUCUGAUGUUGGGGAGUUUUGGAGUUUAUUCGGUGGUUAUGCUCCAAUUACUCAGGGCACACUACCUACAAUUCAGAAACCUGAAAUUCAACCUGUGAAGCUAUUCUGGAUUUCUUUUCAGGGAAAAUUAUGUCAAGUUGGUACUGAUUCAUUGAAGAAAGAAAUGCUUAACUCAGACAAGUGCUAUAUGUUGGAUUGUGAUACUGAGAUAUUUGUGUGGAUGGGGAGAAGUACCUCGGUCACUGAACGAAAAACAUCUGUCUCAACUAUAGAAGGUACCCUGUAUUCUCAGGGAAGGUCAACAGGUACGCAUAUAACUUUCUUGACUGAAGGAUCCGAAACUGUGACGUUUAGGUCGUAUUUUGAAGGCUGGCCUCAAAAGGUGGAGCAAAAUUUGUAUGAAGAAGGCCGAGGGAAAGUAGCAGCAAUAUUUAAGAAGCAGGGUUAUGAUGUAAAGGAACUUCCUGAAGAAGAUUGGCAACCAUUUAUAAAUUGUCGUGGCAUUCUGAAAGUUUGGCGGGUAAAUGGAAAUGAAGUUUCCAUUGUUCCAGUUGUGGAACAACAUAAGCUUUUCAGUGGAGACUGCUAUAUUGUGCAGUAUACGUAUCCUGGAAAUGAAAAGGAUGAGCAUCUAUUUUAUGCAUGGCUUGGUUGUAACAGUAUGAUGGAAGACAGAGAUGAUGCAAUCUAUCAUAUGAACGCUAUGGUUGAUUCAACCAAGGGUAAUUCUGUUCUGGCUCAAGUAAUUGGAGGUAAGGAGCCAAUUCAAUUUUAUGCGAUUUUCCAGGCACUGAUUGUCUUGAAGGGUGGGAUCAGUGCACGAUAUAAGAGGUUCAUACAAGAAAAAGCAAUUACAGAUGAAACUUAUGAUGAAAAAAAGACAGCUCUUUUCCGUGUUCAAGGAUCGGGUCCUAAUAACAUGCAAGCUGUCCAAGUUGAUAUUGUCUCAAGUUCACUCAAUUCAUCCUAUUGCUACAUCUUGCAAAGUGGAGCAUCGGUAUUUACCUGGGUUGGGACUCUCUCGUCAAUUAGUGACCAAAGUCUUCUUGACAGAAUGCUGAAUUUAAUAAAUCCUACAUGGCAGCCCAUAUCAGUGAGAGAAGGUAGUGAACCUGAUGCCUUUUGGGAUGCACUUGGUGGAAAGUUAGAGUACCCAGGGGAAAAGGACAUCAAAGGCUAUGUCGAAGAUCCAUAUUUGUUUGUCUGUACCAUUACAGAAGGUGAUAUCCAGGUUAAAGAGAUCUUCAAUUUCAGUCAGGACGAUUUAACUACAGAAGAUGUUUUAAUAUUAGACUGCCAUAAUGAAAUCUAUGUAUGGAUAGGGCAGCAUGCAAAUGUUAGAUCAAAACAAGCCCUCAGUCUAGGCAUGAAAUUCCUUGAGAAAGACAUUCUUGUUGAAGGUCUAUCUUUGGAGACUCCUAUAUAUGUUGUUGCUGAAGGACAUGAACCAUCUUUCUUUACUCGGUUCUUUGAAUGGGAUUCCUUAAAAGCAUGUAUGCAUGGAAAUUCAUUUGAGAGGAAGCUUGCUAUUUUAAAAGGACAAAUGCAAAAGAUGGGGGUAUCAAAAAGAAGUCCAUGGAAAGCAUAUGAUUUUCACUCCACCAGAACAACCCCUGACCGUUCUAGAAGCAAGUCCAUUGGUUCUGAUGAGCUCCGAAGAAGUGUCUCUCCUGCAGCACAUAUUUCAAGCUCAAAAUUUAAUGCCCCCAACAGCCGCCGAUUCUCUAGCCCAAUUCCAAUUGCCAGGAAACUCUUUUCAGGAACAUCCCCUGAUCAUAGUAGUGCUAAUAACAAAGCAUUCAUAGAUCCAUGCACCAAGGAAAUAAAAGCAGAUGGGUCAGUUGUAUCUCAAACAUGUAAGGAGCCAAGUUUCAGUUCAAGGAAGGGGCAUGACAUGAAGCUUGAUGAGGCUGAACUUGAUGACUUGAACACUUACCCAUAUGAACGCUUGAAGGUGACAUCAGACGACCCAGUACAGGGCAUAGAUGUGACUAGAAGAGAGGCAUAUCUAUCUCAUGAAGAAUUCCAAGUGAUGUUUGGGAUGACAAAAAGAGCCUUCUAUGAGCUUCCUAAAUGGAGACAGAACAAACACAAGAUAAGCCUUAAUCUUUUCUAGAAAAUUUGACCUGGAAUCACAGAUAGGUGCCUGCAUCAGUUUGUGGAAAUGCAUCUCUCUCUGGAUAACCUGUGGAUGGUUUUCCAUCUAAACUUUUUAUCAUCUCUGAAAAAGCACUUGGUACAUCCUGGCAAUAGUCAAUGAUUCAGUUUGCUACCUAAAAAAUCCCCAUGGUUAGAAUAACUAUUAAGAGAUCUUCUAUUGCAUAUUUCAGUUUAGACCAAAAUGAAA